UUGCUUUUACUGGACUAUUUUAUCUUGCGACUGAUUUUCCUUUUGCAGACAAAAUGCAAAAAAAGUUUUAUCGCGAAAGCAUAUAUCUGUUCCUGAAAGUCUUUGAUUGUUUAACUAAAAUCAAAUUAAAAACACACAACACGCCUCAAAUCAGAUUUAAACGGAAACGGGCUGAUUAUUCGUAGACCUUCGCGUAAAAUGAUUUCUGAACUGUUUGGUUUUGUUUAUGGCAAUUAUAUUAUGUAAUUGACUGUUUUUAUGAGUGCAUUAAUUGGGGAAAGGUUGAUAUUUUGAGGGAUGUUUGUGACGCUGUUGAUUCUUAAUGAUGCAAUUAAGUCAGAAACAUAUUUCUUGUUGGUAAUGGCGUUAUACUUUAACACAAUAUACAUGCCAAGCGUGCUUGUUUAAUCACAUCAGAUCCGAUUUCUGUUAUUCUGAACGCUGUCAGUUCGUGUGUGUGUGUGUGUGUGUGUGGUUUACAGGAACAUGAACAGGUGUGUGAGUGUCGCUGUUUGUUUUGUUUUUUUUUCUUUUCUUUUUUUUUUUCUUUUUUCUGCGUGUCGCGCCGUGUUUUUUAAGAUUAUUGGCAAGUUAAAAAUAGUUAAACUUUAAAAAAGCAUUUUAGUAGUUUUUUUUAACGUAAGAAGAAACACUCGCUCCUUGCUGUCUUUUCGUGCAAAAAAAAAAAAAGAAGAAGAAGAAGAAAAACGCGCCUUAUUUCACCGGCGCGCGAAAUCUUCGCGCUCUUGUCCAAGGUGCUGAAAACACACUGAGAUCAGAAAUGAGGAUGCAGCUGCGAAAAGUGGGAUUGAUGGUCAGGACGUUUUUUAUUACGCGACACACGCUGGCCUCCUUCCUUUGGUAGGACGCCUCUAGAGCCAGAGGAAAUCGCACAGGCCAUUACAGUGAUUCACAGGCCAUCAUUUAAUGAAGACAAUAACAAAUAGGCUCACAACUGUGAAGUAAGCACUUGGACAGGAGGCUCAGGAUGAGAAGAUGGCAGCCAUACUGUUUCCACCGGGUCCUGACAGUCUACACCGGUUCACUCGUGAGUCCCUGGCUGGAAUUGAGCAGCGGAUCGCCGAGGAGGAGGCCCGCAAUGCCAAGAAGUACCAGGAGGACCUGGGCGACGUGGAGCCGCCCAAGUCCCGGGCCGACCUGGAGGCCGGAAAGCAGCUCCCGCGAAUCUUUGGAGACAUUCCUCCUGGACUGGUGGGCGUCCCUCUGGAGGACAUCGAUCCGUUUUACUUCCAGAACAAGAGAACUUUUAUAGUACUGAACAAAGGGAAGGCCAUCUUCCGCUUUAGUGCCACGUCUGCACUCUAUAUUUUUAGCCCUUUUCAUCCCGUUAGAAGAGCAUCAAUAAAGAUUUUAGUACACUCUUUAUUCAGUCUUUUCAUUAUGUGCACUAUUUUGACCAACUGCUGCUUCAUGGCCAUGUCUGAACCAGCGCAGUGGGCCAAAUACGUCGAGUACACGUUCACUGGCAUUUACACGUUUGAGUCGUUGAUAAAGAUCCUGGCGCGGGGCUUCUGCAUCGGCCCCUUCACCUUCCUGAGGGACCCCUGGAACUGGCUAGACUUCAGCGUGAUUGUUAUGGCAUAUGUUACUGAGUUUGUGGACCUGGGCAAUGUCUCAGCCUUACGGACAUUCAGGGUUCUGCGAGCACUGAAAACUAUCUCAGUCAUCCCAGGCCUGAAGACCAUCGUGGGCGCGCUGAUCCAGUCGGUGAAGAAGCUGGCAGACGUGAUGAUCCUGACGGUCUUCUGUCUCAGCGUCUUCGCUCUCAUCGGCCUGCAGCUCUUCAUGGGGAACCUGCGGCAGAAAUGCGUCCGCAGCACCGCGCACUGUCUCAACACCACCUUACCUUCAUACAACAACAGCACUUUCUUCUGCAAUAACAGAACCUGGUCCUCGCUGGAGGACUUCGUCACUAAUGAAGAUAAUUACUUCAAAGUGGAAGGAGCCAAGGACGCCUUAAUAUGUGGGAACGCAAGUGAUGCUGGCAAAUGUCCGGAUGGUUUUGAAUGUAUGAAGACCGGACGAAACCCGAACUACGGCUACACCAGCUUCGACACCUUCGGAUGGGCUUUUCUCUCGCUUUUCAGACUCAUGACACAAGAUUACUGGGAAAACCUCUAUCAUCACACGCUGCGCUCGGCGGGAAAAGCGUACAUGGUGUUUUUUGUGGUGGUGAUCUUCCUGGGCUCCUUUUACCUGGUGAACCUGAUCCUGGCUGUGGUGGCCAUGGCAUACGAGGAGCAGAACCAGGCCACCAUCGCAGAAGCCCUGCAGAAAGAGCAAGAGUUUCAGCUCGCCAUGGAGCAGCUGAAGAAGGAACAGCAGGCGGCUCAGAAAGCACAAGAAACCGAGUCCAUCUUGACAGCCGACGUGUCGCCGUUCUCCUCACAAGACAAAGGGAAUCUGGACCGGCGGAAAAGCUCGAGACCGCUGUCCGAAGGAACGGAGGACGGCAGCAACGACAAAUCAGCCAAGAUAGACACUAUAGAGGGGAUGAAGCAAACGCACUCUCUGCUGGUCCGCACUCUCUCCUUACGAGCCCGACGGGAGAGUCAGGUCAGCAUCUUCAACUUCCGGCCGCCAAACAAAGACUCGGAGGUGGAUUUCGCCGACGAUGAGUUCAGCAAUCACGGUGAUUCAGACAGCCGCGGCGGCUCGCUGGCUCUGCCCUGGAGCAAGAGACGGACCAGCGCUCAGAGCACCUGCAGUCACAGCUCGCAGUUCUUCUUCCCCAGCCUCAACAUCAAUGGCAAACUCUUCGUGGCCAUGGACCAGAAUGGCCUCUCGGGCCCGGGGCCGAUGUCUCCGCUGCCUCUGCCCACCUGCACCAUGGAGAAGGUCAAGGAGGAAAGCGGACACAACUCCACCAAUGAGCUGAGCAGUAUGCUGCUGCCCCAGCUGCCCCAGGAGGGCCGAGACCGGGCCCUGAGCGCCACCAGCUACAUCACUGACGCCAUGGAAGAGCUGGAGGAGGCGCAGCAGAAGUGUCACCCGUGCUGGUACGUGUUUGCACACAAGUAUCUGGUCUGGACGUGUUGCCCCAGAUGGCUGAAGGUGAAGGAGUUGGUGAAGUUCAUGGUGAACGAUCCGUUCCUGGAUCUGGCCAUCACUAUCUGCAUCGUUCUCAACACGCUCUUCAUGGCUCUGGAGCACUAUCCCAUGACAGACGAGUUCAACCGCAUGCUGUCUGUGGGGAACCUGGUGUUCACAGGCAUCUUCACUGCUGAGAUGGUUCUGAAGAUCAUCGCUCUGGAUCCGUAUUAUUACUUUCAGCAGGGCUGGAACAUCUUUGACAGUCUGAUCGUGAGUCUGAGUCUCAUGGAGCUGGGUUUGUCCAACGUGGAGGGUCUGUCCGUCCUGCGCUCCUUCAGACUGCUGCGAGUCUUCAAGCUGGCGAAGUCGUGGCCGACGCUGAACACGCUCAUAAAGAUCAUCGGGAACUCGGUGGGCGCUCUGGGGAACCUGACGCUGGUUCUGGCCAUCAUCGUCUUCAUCUUCGCUGUGGUCGGCAUGCAGCUGUUCGGGAAGAACUACGAGUCGUGUGUCUGCAAGAUCUCCAAGGACUGUACGCUGCCGCGCUGGCACAUGAAGGACUUCUUCCACUCGUUCCUCAUCGUGUUCCGGGUCCUGUGCGGAGAGUGGAUUGAGACCAUGUGGGACUGUAUGGAGGUGGCAGGACAGCCGCUCUGCAUCCUGGUCUUCAUGCUGGUGAUGGUCAUCGGGAACCUCGUGGUCUUGAACCUCUUCUUGGCGUUGCUCCUGAGCUCCUUCAGCGCAGACAACCUCUCGUCUCCGGACGAGGACGGUGAAAUGAACAACCUGCAGAUCGCCAUCGCUCGCAUCCAGCGCGGGAUCCUGUGGCUGCGGCAGGCGCUCUGCGACUUCUUCAACGGGAACUUCAAGCGGCGCCGGCAGAAGGCCAAGGAGGCCAAAGCCAUGCUGAAGCUGAAGAGACUGAGCCAGCAGACGCACUGGGCCGAGGGCAACGGCACGGCCGUCAUCGAGCGCACCGUGGAGGACGACAGCUACAUGACCAACCCCAACCUCACCAUCAGCGUCCCCAUCGCGCCCGGAGAGUCCGACCUGGAGUUCCCCGAGGAAGAGGAGGAGGAGGAGGAAGAUGAGGCCAGCGAGAGCGAGGAGGAGGAGGAGGAGCAAGAGGAGACCAAACCGAGAGACGACACCAGCCUAUCAGAGGGCAGCACGAUCGACCUCAGGAAACCCGGCGAGGAGGAGGAUGAAUACUCAGAGACGGCCGAAGAGGCCAUGGAUCCGGAAAACUGCUUUCCUGACUUUUGUGUACGUCGCUUUCAGUGCUGUGAAAUCAACACGUCCGAGGGUUUGGGUCGAGCCUGGUGGCGUCUGAGGAAGACGUGUUAUCAGAUAGUGGAACACAGCUGGUUUGAGACCUUCAUCAUCUUCAUGAUCCUCCUCAGCAGUGGAGCGCUGGCAUUUGAAGACAUUUACAUUGAACAAAGGAAAGUGGUCAAAGUGGUGCUUGAAUACGCAGACAAGAUCUUCACCUACAUCUUCAUCUUGGAAAUGGGUCUGAAGUGGAUCGCCUACGGUUUCAGGAAAUACUUCACCAACUACUGGUGCUGGCUGGACUUUCUCAUUGUGGAUGUGUCUCUCGUAAGCCUGGUAGCAAACACGCUGGGCUACUCGGACUUUGCUGCCAUCAAAUCUCUCAGAACGCUCAGAGCCCUCAGACCGCUGAGAGCGCUGUCCCGGUUUGAAGGCAUGAGGGUGGUAGUGAACGCUCUGAUCGGCGCGAUCCCGUCCAUCAUGAACGUGCUGCUGGUGUGUCUGAUCUUCUGGCUGAUCUUUAGCAUCAUGGGAGUCAAUCUGUUCGCCGGGAAGUUCGGCCGCUGCGUCAACCGCACCGGCUUCAUCUACAACUCCUCCUUCAUCAACAACAAGAGCGAGUGCUUGGAGAUGAACAGCACGCAGUUCUACUGGACCAAAGUCAAGGUCAACUUCGACAACGUGGGCGCCGGAUACCUCGCGCUGCUGCAAGUGGCCACGUUCAAGGGCUGGAUGGAGAUCAUGUACGCCGCAGUCGACUCACGAUCUGUGGAAGAGCAGCCCAUUAAAGAGAACAGCCUGUACAUGUAUCUGUACUUCGUCAUCUUCAUCAUCUUCGGCUCCUUCUUCACGCUCAAUCUCUUCAUCGGUGUCAUCAUUGACAAUUUCAACCAACAGAAGCGAAAGUUAGGAGGACAGGACAUCUUCAUGACAGAAGAACAGAAGAAAUAUUAUAACGCCAUGAAGAAACUGGGAUCCAAGAAACCUCAGAAACCCAUCCCGAGACCUCUUAACUCGAUCCAAGGAUUCUUCUUCGACUUGGUGUCCAAACAAGCCUUUGACAUCCUGAUAAUGCUGCUGAUCAUCCUCAACAUGGUGACGAUGAUGGUGGAGACGGACGAACAGUCUCCCGGCAUCGAGUACAUCCUCUACUACAUCAACCUGGCCUUCAUCGUCAUCUUCACCACCGAGUGCAUCAUCAAACUCAUCGCCCUGCGCUGCUACUUCUUCACCAUCAGCUGGAACAUCUUCGACUUUGUGGUUGUCAUCCUCUCCAUUGUGGGCAUUGUUCUGGCAGACAUCAUCGAGAAAUACUUCGUCUCACCAACGCUCUUCCGCGUCAUCCGUUUGGCUCGAAUUGGACGAAUCCUUCGGCUCAUCCGCGGCGCGAAGGGAAUCCGGACGCUGCUCUUCGCUUUAAUGAUGUCUCUCCCCGCGCUCUUCAACAUCGGGCUGCUGCUGUUCCUUGUUAUGUUCAUCUACGCCAUCUUCGGCAUGGCCAACUUCGCCUACGUCAAGAAGCAAGGCGGCAUUGACGACAUGUUCAACUUCGAAACGUUCGGUAACAGCAUGAUCUGCCUCUUCCAGAUCACAACAUCGGCCGGAUGGGACAAUCUGCUCAGUCCAAUCUUAAACAACUCUCCGGAGGAGUGCGACCCGAAUGUUCCUCACACCGGAACGAACGUUCGCGGAAACUGCGGGAAUCCUUCGGUGGGCAUCACGUUCUUCGUAACCUACAUUAUUAUUUCGUUUCUCAUCGUGGUCAACAUGUACAUAGCGAUUAUAUUGGAGAACUUCAGCGUGGCCACCGAGGAGAGCACCGAGCCGCUGAGCGAGGACGACUUCGAGAUGUUUUACGAAGUCUGGGAGAAGUUCGAUCCGGAAGCGACGCAGUUUAUCGAAUACUCCAAACUCUCGGAUUUCGCAGACUCGCUUUCCGAGCCGCUGCGCAUCGGCAAGCCCAACAAAAUCAAACUGAUUUCCAUGGACCUGCCGAUGGUGAGCGGCGAUAAAAUCCAUUGUUUGGAUAUCCUCUUCGCGUUUACCAAACGCGUUCUUGGAGAGUCGGACGAAAUGGACGCGUUGAAGCAACAAAUGGAGGAGAAGUUCAUGAUGGCGAACCCAUCCAAGAUAUCCUACGAACCGAUCACGACGACGCUUCGGCGCAAACAAGAAGACGUUUCCGCAAUCAUGAUCCAACGCGCAUAUCGGAGGCAUCUAAUGCGACGACAGCUUAAACAAGCUUCGCUACUUUAUCGCCAACUCCACAUGCCAGACGCCGAUAAAGACGGCGACAGUUUGCCGGAGAACGAAGGACUUAUAGUUGCGAUGAUCAUGGAGAACUACGGCGCCGAAGUCGAAGUUACGGAAACGCUGUCGGCUACUUCGUCUCCGCCAUCAUACGAUAGCGUCACGCGAGCGACUAGCGAACUUUUUCACGCUCUAAUCCCAGAUGCCGCGAACACGGACAUGAGCGAACCUUUCACAGACCGAGAUCGCGAGACGUUUCUGUGACGACGACGACGACGGACGUCGCCUUUUCCUUUUUGUUUACCGAAUGUAACAUAGACACAAAAUCCUCUGAGGUUUUUGUAGACUGUUUUAUUUCUCUUGUGGUUCACGUUUGUAUGAAUAUACAAGGGGAAAGUGUCGCAGACAUGCUCUUUGAACAUGCACACGUCAACCUUCACAGUUUGAAUGCAUGAAUGAGAUCCGUAGUCGCAGAUAUAGAGGAUGUAAUCAUCGUAUAUUAGACUGAAAGCAACGCAUUUUAAUCCGUAAGUUCAUUAAAGGUCUUACUUAAAAUGGCGUGAUUCCUUUUAAGAUUUGAGAUGACGUAGAAGAAUCUUAGCGGUGCACCCAUGUUAUAAAUGUUCAUACUUCACGCCGUUUUGGAAAGCAUGAUGAUUACCUCUUUCCGAUUUGUGUCGCUAGCGAUGAAAAGGCAGUGGUAUUUGCACUUUCUGUUGUUGUUUUUUUUUUGCCAUUUCUUUUGACGUUUCGCUCGGUGUCGUUAUAUCAAGACUAGUAAAAGACAAUCAGACAUGCGCCAGAAAUGGUCACUCGCUUAAAACCUGUCUUUACUAACUUCUAGCGAACUAUUGCACAUGCUUCCUUUCGAACGCGCGACACAUUUGUUUCUAUGGUGAAGUAUUUAUUUUGCAUGCGGAAACUGCAUGGUAUGGAGGGGUUAGCGAGAACACUUUCUUUUUAAUUGUUUUGCACACUAUACGUUCAGCAAUAAUUUGCUACAUUUAGGAAUAACGUUAACGAUAUUUAUUGGAAUUUAAAAAAAACGUGUCAAAGUUUCUACUGUAACGGCCUCCAGCUGUAACUGUGGCUUAUAUUACUAGUGAAGAUUAUAGCACAUGUGUUUUUCUAUCUCAAAAACUGACUUUAGGAGCUCAGUCCGCUCGAACGCGCCGCCGUUCGGGUCGGGUUGACAGGUUUGGUGAAGGGCUGUUUUAUGUAGCAAUAGAUCCCAAGUGUGCCUGCUAGAACUAAAUCCUGUGUUUAUAAUUCAUAUUUCUUCAUGCAUUUGUUUUGGGUUAAAUUGUAAAUCAUCAGCAGACUCACCAUAAAUAGCAUCAGACGCAAACCGUUCCAUUGGCAUGAUUUGACUUUACAGAAACAUUCGCUUUGGUGGUUUCUAUCAGGAAACCCCAGUAAAAAGCACUACUUAUUCAUAGAGACAAAACGACAACAUCUAAACAAAACAUUCUGCAAUAUAUCAUAAAAAUGGUUGUAUGUUAGUGGUACAAACUUCAAGGGAAUCGUCCAAUGUUUGACUAGUUCAUCUGAAUCAAUUGUGAUGCAAGUAAACCUUCAAAUAUUUCAUUUUAGUGCUGUCAAACGAUUAAUCGCGAUUAAUCGCAUCCAAAAUAAAGGUUUUUGUUUACAUAAUAUAUGUGUGUGUGCUAUGUAUAUAUAAAUGCACACACACACAGUAUGUAUUUUCAAAAUAUUUACAUGUAUGUAUUUACGCUCUUAAAAAUAAAGGAGCUUAAACGGUUCUUCACAGCGAUGCCAUAGAAGAACCAUUUUUGGUUUCAUCUCUUUCACUGCAAAAAAUGGUUUGUUUUCUUAGUAUUUGUGUCUUGUUUUCUAGUAUAAAUGUAUAAACAUUCUUGAAUCAAGAUGCAUUUACUUGACAGGUAAAAUGACUUAAGAUAUUAUGACUUGUUUUUUUUGUUUUUUUGUUUUAAAAAUGAUCAAAAUUUAAACAAACAAAAAUAUCUGCCAAUGAGGUAAGAAAAAUAAACUUAAUUCAAAGGCUAAACAAGAUUAUUUUUCUUGCCCCAUUGGCAGAUAUUUUUGCUUGUUUUAAGCAAAAACUAACAUAAUUAUAAUUUUUUUUUUUAGAAAAUAAGACAUAAUUUAUACUUGUAAAGUAAAUUCAUCUUGACUCAAGCAUGCUUAG